AUGUCUCAUGAGAUUACCGCAGGGGGAGAAGUGUUCAGGAAGCGGGGCUUGCCUGAAAGUUGUGGAUUCCCGAUGCUGAGGAAUGUUGCAGAUAUUAAGAAGCUGAAAUCUGUAGGAAUAUGCACAGUAAAAGGCAUUCAGAUGACCACGAAAAAAGCCUUGUGUAACAUUAAGGGGCUAUCAGAAGCUAAAGUUGACAAAAUAAAGGAAGCAGCAAACAAAUUAAUAGAGCCUGGUUUUCUUACUGCCUUUGAAUACAGUAUGAAGAGGAAGAUGGUGUUUCAUAUAUCAACUGGAAGCCAGGAACUUGAUAAGCUACUAGGAGGGGGUAUUGAAAGCAUGGCAAUAACUGAGACAUUUGGAGAAUUCCGAACUGGAAAAACUCAGCUAUCUCAUACACUUUGUGUGACUGCCCAGCUUUCUGGACACAAUGGAUAUUCUGGAGGAAAGGUCAUAUUUGUGGACACUGAAAAUACAUUGAAUCCUUUAUAUUACCGCCCAGAUCGUCUUCGAGAUAUAGCUGAUCGGUUUGGAGUGGACCAUGAUGCAAUGCUUGACAAUGUGUUAUAUGCCCGGGCUUAUACAAGUGAACAUCAGAUGGAGCUUUUGGAUUAUGUAGCAGCAAAAUUUCAUGAAGAAGCUGGUGUUUUCAAGCUUUUGAUUAUUGAUUCUGUAAUGGCUCUCUUUCGAGUGGAUUUUAGUGGACGUGGAGAAUUGGCUGAAAGACAGCAGAAACUAGCUCAGAUGUUGUCCAGACUUCAGAAAAUUUCUGAAGAGUACAAUGUUGCUGUGUUUAUUACAAAUCAAAUGACUGCUGAUCCAGGAGCAACAAUGACUUUUCAGGCUGAUCCUAAAAAGCCUAUUGGAGGCCACAUACUUGCACAUGCUUCAACAACAAGGAUUAGCUUAAGAAAAGGAAGAGGCGAGCUGCGUAUUGCUAAAAUUUAUGACAGCCCAGAGAUGCCAGAAAACGAAGCCACAUUUGCAAUCACUGCCGGUGGUAUUAAUGAUGCAAAGGAGUGA